GUCAUCCUGACGGGUGACGUCUCCGGUGGCAGCCGCGGUGGCCGCAUCUUCCGCUCCUCUGAUUUCGCCAAGAACUUCAUCCAGACGGAUCUGCCCUUCCACCCGCUGGUGCAGAUCACCUACCACCCCCGGAACUCCAACUGCCUGCUGGCCCUCAGCACCGAGAACGGCCUCUGGGUCUCCAAGGAUUUUGGGGAGAAGUGGGAAGAGAUCCACAAAGCCGUGUGCCUGGCCAAGUGGGGUGCGAACGACACCAUCUUCUUCACCACCUACCUGAACAACUCCUGCACUGAUCUGGGGUUACUGGAGCUCAAGAAGACCUCGGACUUUGGCAAAACCUUCAAGGUCAUCGGCACCAAGAUUUAUUCCUUCGGGCUGGGAGGACGAUUUCUUUUCGCUUCAGUCAUGACAGAGAAGGGCACGACGAGGCGCAUUCAUGUCUCUCUCGACCAAGGUGAGACCUGGAACAUGGCCCAGCUCCCCUCUGUGGGGCACGAGCAGUUUUACUCCAUCCUGGCUGCUAACGAUGACCUGGUGUUCAUGCACGUGGAUGAACCAGGUGACACGGGUUUUGGCACCAUCUACACCUCUGAUGACCGUGGCAUCGUCUACUCCAAGUCCUUGGAGCGACAUCUCUACACCACCACCGGUGGGGAGACCGACUUCACCAACGUCACCUCGCUGCGGGGCAUCUACAUCACCAGUGUCCUCUCUGAAGACAACUCCAUCCAGUCUGUCAUCACGUUUGACCGCGGUGGGGAGUGGGUGCCGCUGAGGAAUCCCAAGAACACCACCUGUGACUCCACGGCCAGGAACAGGGAGGAG